AUGGAAUCAAAGGAAUUAAAUCUGUUUGAUUGUCUCUCGUGGGAUCUGCUAAAUAACAACGAAUUCCAGGAUUCCACAUUACAGCAGAAAACAACAAUACGGAACAUAUCAAAACAACCAAAAAACAGAAGAUCGAAGAAGGAUAAAUUGUUUUCUACGCCUGAUAAUCUUUCAGAUGCAUUGGUUAAAGAUCAAAAUAAACUGAUCCAUCUGGAUCCAGUCCCCAUCUUCCGGGAAAGAUCAGAGAUUAAACCAUGGUUACAGAAAAUCUUCUUCCCACAGGGUAUCGAUUUAGUUAUUGAAAGAUCAGAUAGUAGUAAAGUAAUCUUUAAAUGUAAAGCUAACCCAAACCGUACGUGUAAAUCGGAAAGUACGUCAAGGUGUCCAUUCCGUAUAAGGGCCACUUUUUCAAUUAAAUUACAAAAAUGGAAUAUUGUUGUCGUUAAUAACAUUCAUUCACAUAAGUGUAAAUUUAAUCCAAAUUCUGAAGAGUACAAAAAAUUCAAGAAAUAUCUCAAGGACAAUAAUGAUAUUGAUACCAUUAAACUGUUUGAAGAAUUUGAAUAUAAAUUUAAAUUCAAUUUACCAAUUUUCAAACCAAAUGUUAUAAAAUGUGAUUGUGGCCUUACAAAGGAAAUUUCAUUGUUCAAUAAUAUCGUUCUCCCAAUUAAUAAACCAAGUAAAGAAAGCUUAUUAUUGACCAAGACCAAAAAAAUCACCAAAAAAUCAACACUUACUAAUAACAGUAACAGUACCAGUCAUAGUAAUAAUAAUAAGAUCAAGAUAAAGACAGAAAAUUUUAUAGAUUUUAACACAAAUGCCAAUUUAUUGAACAAUAACCAGUCAUUUGGUGAUGACGUAACAAAUUUAAAUGAAAUCGAUUUCACAAAUAUGUUUAAAUUAGAAGAAAAAGAACCUGAAAGUUUAUCCAUUGAAAAUUUCGAAUUUGAGACUAGUAAUAAUGAUAUAUUAAGUGAGUUUAUCGACUUCAAUGACGAUGACAACACCAAAACUGUCUCUACGGAAAGUGAACUCAACGAUCUCUCUUAUUUCUUGAACGUCGACCUAGUUAAUGAUCCAGUUAAUAUGAAAGAUUUGGAUAGUAUUGCCACUCCCAAUGAAUUCAUUGAAUUUGGAUUAUGA